AACAAGUCUGAAUCAGCAGUAGAAGGGGACAGGGGCAGAGACAGGAGAGCUCCAGACAAAGAUAUUUCCAAGUUUUCAAAACCACCCCUAAUCCACCAUGUACAUCGAACUUCCUCAAACACCUCUAAUUCAUCAGCUCCAGGAGCACUUGCCAGUGGUCAGUCACCGCGACACAGUGGAGUCAUGCCUGACCUUCUCCCACCCCACACCCCUCCCCAGUCACGGUCACCUCCCAUGCCACAGAGACCCCAGGACAAGACCACAUCUGAAGAGUACAGGAAAGCUAUACUGCAACCGGCAAUGAAGCAUCAGAGAUCUUUCUCGGCUUUUGGUUUCGGUGCCGAGGGUUCCACCAUUGCUUCGGUCGCCUCCAUGUCCAAGCAGUCGCGGCGAGGCUCACAGAUCAAUGUUAAUGUGACACCAUCACAGACUACCGAGGGUAUGGGUGACACUCCAGAAAUCCGCAAGUACAAGAAGCGCUUCGGUUCUGACAUUUUAUGUGCCGCACUGUGGGGUGUGAAUUUGUUAAUAGGAACAGAGUCGGGGCUAAUGCUGCUAGACAGAAGUGGGCAGGGGAAGGUAUACACUUUGAUAUCUCGGCGGCGCUUCCAGCAGAUGGAGGUGCUAGAGGGACAGAACAUCCUGGUGACAAUCUCGGGCAAGAAGAGCAAGAUCAGAGUCUACUACUUGUCCUGGCUCAAGUCCAAAAUUCUCAAAAAUGACACGAGUGACAAGAAGAAUGGAUGGGUCAACGUCGGUGAACUGGAGGGAUGUGUACAUUUUAAAAUUGUCAAAUAUGAGAGGAUCAAGUUCCUGGUGAUAGCUCUCCAUGACAGCAUCGAGAUUUACGCCUGGGCUCCAAAACCGUACCACAAGUUUAUGGCUUUUAAGUCUUUCUCUGACCUGAAACACAAGCCACAGCUUGUUGAUCUUACAGUGGAAGAGGGUCAGAGGUUGAAAGUCAUCUACGGCUCAAAUGUUGGUUUUCAUGCCAUUGACCUCGACACGUCUUCUGUGUUUGACCUGUACAUUCCUUCACAUACACACGGCCCCAUCUCACCCCAUACAAUAGUCAUUCUGCCCAACACCAACGGCUUGCAGUUGUUACUCUGCUAUGACAAUGAAGGUGUUUAUGUGGACACCAUGGGGAAGAUCACCAAAAAUGUGGUUUUACAAUGGGGAGAGCUGCCAACCUCUGUAGCUUACAUCAGCACAGGCCAGAUCAUGGGCUGGGGAAACAAGGCAAUAGAGAUCAGAUCUGCAGAGACUGGUCACCUGGACGGUGUCUUCAUGCACAAGAAGGCACAGAAGCUCAAGUUUCUCUGUGAAAGGAAUGAUAAGGUGUUUUUCUCCUCUGUAAGAUCUGGGUCAUCAUGUCAGAUCUACUUCAUGACUUUGAGCAAGCCGGGACUGGCCAACUGGUGA